ACUGGGCUUGAUUUAUCAGAUGUCCUUGUGAAAGUGUGUGCAUGUAUCUGGAGGGCGUGUCCCUGGUUCCCUCCCCUUCCAACUCCACCCCGAAGGUCUGUGGCCUCCGCACCAGCGUUCAUCCUUCAGUCCCAGGCUGGAAGUUUUGCUGGCAACAUGAGUGGCCGUGUUGGAGAAUUGAGUGCCAAACAAGCGGAUUCGCUCACGCAGUUUCGCGACCGAAUCGGGGACAUCCUUCCUGAACUUCCGGCACAACACGACCACUACCUGCUACGCUGGCUGCGAGCCAGAAGCUUCAGUGUCCCCAAAGCUGAAGUGAUGAUCAGGAAGCAUGUGGAAUUCCGAAAAAACAUGAAGGCAGACACCAUCAUUUCUGACUGGACUCCACCUGAGGUGAUCGCGCGCUACGUGUCGGGCGGCAUGUGCGGCCACGACAAGGACGGCAACCCCAUCUGGUUCGACGUGUUGGGUCCGCUGGACCCCAAAGGCCUCCUGAUGUCGGCCAGCAAGCAGGAUUUCCUGAGGACCAAGAUGAGGAACGUGGAAAUGCUGCAGAGGGAAUGUCAAAAGCAGUCGGAGAAGUUGGGUGUGAAUGUGGAGUCAGUCACGCUGAUUUACGACUGCGAGGGUCUGGGCUUCAAGCACCUGUGGAAGCCCGCCAUCGAGACAUAUGGCGAGAUCCUCACCAUGUUUGAGGACAACUAUCCAGAGGUGCUCAAGCGGAUCUUUCUCAUCAAAGCUCCCAAACUAUUUCCGAUGGCCUACAGUUUGAUCAAGCACUUCCUGUCUGAGGAGACGCGGAGCAAGCUCAUCAUUCUUGGAAGCAACUGGCAGGAAGUGCUUCGUAAACAUGUGGAUGCCGAGCAGCUUCCGGUGGUGUACGGCGGAACUCGGACCGACCCGGACGGAGAUCCUCGCUGCAGAACAAUGAUCAACUACGGCGGCACGGUGCCACGGUCAUACUACAUCCAGAACUCGAUCAAGGUCCAGUACGACACCAGCGUGACCGUCGGCCGCGGCGCCGUCUUACAAUUGGACUACCACGUCACUGCCCCUUGCAGCCUGCUCAGUUCCUUGGCACCAAGGGAACACAAGAUGCCACCAAAGCACUACUUUUAUAUUAAAGCUCAGCAUACAAGAUAUUUCUGUAAGUUACACGCCACAGGUGGCAGUUCACCAGCGAUGGGGCCGACAUCGGCUUUGGGGUGUACCGACGCACGGCGCCGGGUGACCAGCAGAAGUUGGCGGCCAUGUUGCAGGUGGUCCCCAGCCAGCGUUACAAUGCGCACCUGGUGCCCGAGGACAAUAUGAUCACCUGCCCCGAACCGGGAGUGUACGUUUUGUGUUUCGACAACAGCUACAGCGUGCUGCACUCCAAGCGGGUCAGCUACACGGUGGAGGUGCUUCCUCCGUCGCCGUGACAACCAAGGACAAGGACCAUACCACAGGGACACGCCGCGGAACGUUUGCAUCCACCUGACUUUCAUUGUGACGCCUGGGAAUGUCGCCUGUCGCGUGCUUUGUUAGGGACAACUGAGCUCACAGGUGUGCCUAAUGGAAUGGCCUCCAGGCGUACGUUUGGUUAGGAUGCUGACGGCGAUGCCACAAAAUUGUCAACGACUGCUCCGUUUAAUUUAUGCAGCAGUUGUGUAUACAUUGCACAUAAUUUGAGUUGCUCUCGCCUGUCAAUCGGGAAUUUUUAUCACAACAAGGUGACAUCAAAAAUAAGAGCACAAACAAUAAAUGGACCGAAAGAUAAAGUA